UCUCCAUGCGCGCUCAUGUGAAGACCCUUUAAAAAGAAAGCCAUCGUGCGCAGAGUGUUGGAGCGAUUGACAGACAGGCAACGGAACAGCACGGCAGCGGAUUGCGUUGUUAUUAACUAUGUCUUUGUACCGUAACUCAGCGUGGUUUCUGAAAGGAUGCAUCGAAUUUACCAAGGCAGCUUUUGAGUCUGCAUCAAAACACUUUAUAGAAAAAGAUGUAGAAGUGUCUGUGGCAGGCCGAUCAUUCUUGAUCACUGGAGCUAACAGUGGCAUUGGCAAAGCAUUGGCCAUGGCUAUUGCAAAAAAAGGUGGUACAAUUCACAUGGUCUGUAGAAACAAGGAUAAGGCAGAGGAAUCCAGAGCUGAGAUUAUCAAGGAGUCUGGAAACAAAGAAGUUUAUGUGCACAUCCUGGACCUAUCUGAGACCAAGAAGGUAUGGGAGUUUGCAGAGGGAUUUAAAAAAAGACACAAAACCCUUAAUGUACUGAUCAAUAAUGCAGGUUGUAUGAUGACUAAGAGAGAAGUGAAUGCAGAGGGCAUUGAGAAGAGUUUUGCCAUUAACUCACUUGCCAUGUACAUUCUCAUCAAGAGCCUAAUUCCCAUGUUGGAAAAGAGCCCUGACCCCAGAGUGAUCACAGUGACAUCUGGGGGGAUGUUGGUCCAGAAACUGCGCACAGGAAAUUUGCAGUCCCAGAGAGGCAGAUAUGAUGGCACUAUGGUGUAUGCACAAAACAAGAGGCAGCAAGUGGUGAUGACAGAACAGUUUGCUAAAGCUCACACCAGCAUUCACUUUUCAGUAAUGCAUCCUGGUUGGGUGGACACACCAAUGAUUGCAAAUGCUAUGCCUGACUUCUACCGCUCAAUGAAGGAGCGUUUGCGAACACCAGAACAGGGUGCUGACACACUGGUGUGGCUUGCAGUGUCUGAGGCUGCUGUGGCAAAUCCCAGUGGAAGAUUCUUUCAAGAUCGGAGAAUGGUAUCAGCCCAUCUGCCACUAGCCUGGACACACAGUUCCCAGCUAGAAGAUGAUAAGUUCAUGAGUGUCAUGGAGGAGAUGGCAAAAGGUUUUCAACCUCACUGAACAUUCAAAGAGAAACAGGUUAUGAGAAUCUGUUCUCACAAAGAGUACUUCAACACCCAUGUUGGCCAAAUACACUCAAAACCCAGAAAUCAGUCUAUCCAAAAUGAUUUUGAGUAACACAGAUACACUUCUACAGAGUAGGAAGGAAAAUAAUAAAAAUAAUAGAUCUACAAUUUUAACAUAUUAACACAUGGAAUCUGUUAGCUAAUCAAUAUGUUUAUUAUAAAUGUUGUGUUUCCACAAGGACUUACUUGCUACUGUGAAGGCAUUAAUUUCAGCAAGCAAAACAGAUAAUGCUUCCAGUAAAUAUAUGACGUGUUCAUUUGAACUCACACUAAAACCUUUUGUCCCUGUUGGUACAGCAUUUGUUGCUUGCUCUUUAUGUUGUCUCAUUGGUCUAGUGAUGGGUUUCCAGUUAUGCACAGUGACAUUUGCUGAUCUGGUUGACCAGGUGGGAACCUGCUCAGACCAAAAUCACUGUCUCAUUUUCUAGACAUUUUCCCAGUGACCUGAUUUCAAGUGCAUUCUGUCUGAAACACUACAGUACCUGAAUUUGCAGGAUUUUUUUCCAGACACCUAAUAUGCAAAAUUAGUAAUGUAAUAUUUAAGGUUUCACUAUAAUAUAAUCAGCUAGUAACUUUGAAAUAAGUGUUAUAACUGAACUGUAAAAUGUUCUAUGAUCCAUGUUUUUCUUCAUAAUUAAUAAAUUCUUACAUGAAUAAACCUGACAUUCAGUGGGUCUGA